CGUCUUAUGUUUCCUAAUAUCUUGCCUAUUGAAGGACACGAUGGUUUGGUUGCUAUAGCAACAAAUGAAGAUAAAAUAAAAUUAAAAGUGUUAUUAAUUAAUAAAAGAAAAUUAUCCAUUGGCCAAAUUUAGAAAUAGAAAAAUAACUAUGAUUAUAACUUUAAAAAAUUAUUUAAUGUGGGUUUUAUCAUCUCUUCUGUAGCACUAUAGUAUCGUCGUUUUCUUUUGUGUUGACAUACUAUGUCUGUUUUUUGUAAAUGAAGUUUUUUCGAAUUUUGAAAUAUUUUUGUUUCGAACUGUUUUCUUUAUAUAAAUAUAAUGCUUGUUUGCGCAGUUUACUGCCAAUUUUAUUCUGUUAUGAUGCCGGUUAGCUAUAAAUAAUGCCACAGGAAUUUCUUUCAAACACUUUUCGGUAUCGGAUAAUUAUUAAAGGGGUACAUUAGAUUGGCCUGCUGAUUAAAAAUGGAACUAUCUGCAAUGUCAAAAAAAAUGACAUUCUAAAAAUGUCAUAUAUAUAUAUAUUUAGAAUUAUGAAUUGUCAAGUUGUCUCUAUUUAAUGGAAGAUUUAUUACGGGAUGGAAUUUAAAUCAAGCAGGAGCAAUAUGGAUAUGAACUUAAUCAGUCUUAUCAACCCGAGGAAAGCAGGCAGUAUGGUAUGAAUAAUGCCAUGUCUGUUUCGCAAUAUACUGCUUUAUCAAGUGCAGCUCCUACCACUUCUGCUAGCAUGGCUGUGUACAGUCUUCCUAAUCAGAGUGAUAAUCAUCGACAUCCUUCAAUGAUGAUGAACCUCAGUGAAUCUCACCCUCACAAUCACCUACAAAUGAAUGGUGGACAUCUCAUGGGACACUCUCAGGGAGAAUCAAGAGGAAAUGGAAUGUAUGAAGGUCGUCCUGUGGACCUUUCUAGUCCUCGUCCUAAUGGUCAUUAUGAGCAUAUGAACCUAGGUAAUCAACAUGGUUCAUCUCAUUACAGAUCUCAUGAUCCUCCAUCUUAUGAAAAUGGCCUUUCAAUGAACAUCUCUGGUUGUGAUACUUCUAUACAAUAUGCAUCUGGAUCUGAAAAAAUGAAUGAGGAGCAACAUCAAAUGAUAUCUCUAGGCAGUAAUACAUCUGUUGGUGUUCCCAUGAUGCAUCCUUCAAAUUACCAUGGCUCACCUAGUCCUAUGCCUACACCAUCUCCAACUUUAGAUGACAGGGCACGACACAGGUGGAAUGAGCAAAGGUUAUCGAGAGAGGCGAUGAAAAAAUACCUUAGAGAACGUGGUGAUAUGGUAAUAGUUAUCCUGCAUGCAAAGGUUGCUCAAAAAUCUUAUGGCAAUGAGAAAAGAUUUUUUUGUCCUCCACCAUGCAUAUAUUUGUUAGGAGAUGGUUGGAGAAGAAAACAAGAUCAGAUGGUUCGAGAUGGUGAAAAUGAACAAAGUACUCAUCUUUGUGCUUUUAUUGGCAUUGGAAAUUCAGAGCAAGAUAUGCAACAACUUGAUUUUAAUGGGAAGAAUUAUUGUGCGGCAAAGACUCUUUUCAUCAGUGAUUCAGAUAAAAGAAAACAUUUCAUGUUAUCUGUAAAAAUGUUUUAUGGGAAUGGUGAAGAUUUAGGUACAUUCCAAAGUAAAAGAAUCAAAGUGAUAUCCAAACCAUCUAAGAAAAAGCAGUCUCUUAAAAAUGCUGAUCUCUGUAUUGCAUCAGGAACAAAAGUAGCUCUCUUCAACCGCUUGCGUUCUCAGACUGUCAGUACUAGGUAUUUGCACGUUGAAAAUGGGAACUUCCAUGCAAGCUCUACUCAAUGGGGUGCUUUUACAAUACAUUUAUUGGAUGAUAAUGAAUCAGAAUCUGAGGAAUUUACUGUAAGAGAUGGAUACAUUCAUUAUGGUUCCACUGUCAAACUUGUUUGUUCUGUGACUGGGAUGGCUCUCCCAAGACUUAUUAUCCGAAAAGUGGACAAACAAACUGCAUUAUUAGAUGCAGAUGAUCCUGUGUCUCAGUUGCAUAAAUGUGCUUUUUAUAUGAAAGAUACAGAGAGAAUGUAUCUCUGCUUAUCGCAAGAACGAAUAAUCCAAUUUCAGGCCACCCCUUGCCCUAAAGAGCCAAAUAAAGAAAUGAUAAAUGAUGGUGCUUCCUGGACUAUCAUAAGUACUGAUAAAGCAGAGUAUACCUUCUAUGAAGGCAUGGGUCCAGUGAGAACUCCAGUAACUCCAGUACCUGUUGUUCACAGUCUGAAUCUAAAUGGAGGUGGUGAUGUUGCCAUGUUGGAGUUAUCUGGAGAGAGUUUUACUCCUAAUCUUAGAGUAUGGUUUGGAGAAGUAGAAGCUGAAACAAUGUACAGAUGCCAAGAAAGCAUUUUGUGUGUAGUUCCAGAUAUAUCUGCGUUUCGAGAAGGAUGGCAAUUUGUGCGACAGCCUACUCAGGUUCCUGUAUCAUUAGUACGAAGUGAUGGAAUUAUUUAUGCUACUGGUUUAACCUUUACUUACACCCCUGAACCUGGUCCCAGGCCCCAUUGUCCACAAAUAGAAGAAGUACUAAGGCCUGUAUUACACAGUCAUCUGGGAGAUAUUGACCAUUCUCAAGGCUCUGUUUUAAUGCCUUCUCAAAGUUACCAUGAACACAAUCUAUGAUUGAAUGUAUCAUAUAGAACUUGUACAAAUUUUAUAUACAAAAUUAUUCUUAAAAAUAGUUCAUUAUUUUCUCAAUACUGUAUAGGUCAUCAAGGCAUGGUGUGUAUUUUAUAAUAACAGUAAAUUUUAUAUAUUAUAUAUAUAUUAUUAAUUCUUGUUGAGUUAUGGUAAGCAAAGGGCUUAGUGGUUUUAAGAGUGCCAAUUAUUUUAUUUUUAUAAAUUAUAUUUUAAAAAAAUAUACAUACAGAAUUCUUUAUUGAAUUUAUAAUAUGAUGGGUCUUUGUAAUAGUAUCAUUUCAACUUUAUAUUUAGAGAUAUCCCAGAAAAUUAAAUUUUAUAUAAAUUGAUUAGAUUAUUUUAAAAAAUAUGUAGUUUGUUUUUUAAUAAUAAAGUUAUUUCCAGAAACAUUCUUUAAGUUUUUAUAAAAGAUUUUUUGAAUCUUAUUUUGUUGGAUUUGAAUCUUAUUUUGUUAGUAAAGUAAUGUUUAUGAGAUUUAUAGUUUCUUAAUUCUUUUAUCAUUUAAUUAUUAUGUUGUUGUUAUUGUUUUUAUUUUUGCAAUUAACUAUUUUUAUUGAAAAUUCUGAGAAGUGUUCCUUCGGAUAUUAUCAAAAGUUAUAAUAAUAAAAAUAUGACGCUUCUGCAUUUAAGAUGUACAGAAACAUGAUAGUACAUUAUAUUUUGUCACAUAUAUUCAUGUUACUCUUAUCAUAUAUAUUUUUAAUAUCCACAAAUUAAAAUUGCAUGUGAUUGAAUUGUUUUUGCUGUUUAUAUUGUGAUAUCUUUUAGAGCAUCAAAGAUGUAUCAUAGCAUAUUUUUUAUACUUACCACAGCUUUGUAAAGCUGCAUGUAAUUAUGUAGAUAAAUAUCUCUUCUUGACUUUAAUGCGUGCAAAUGUAGAACAGAAAACAAAACAUGCGUAUUGCGGAUGCGUUGAUGAACAAGCUUCUUCUUUAGUAAACACAUAGCAUCUUUUUUCAGAUUCUCUCAAUCAGAUUUAAAGAAAAAAGAUCUUUGAAUUUUGUGCAAAUUCUCAAUUCUGGUAUAUUUGCAAUCAAAUUUUGAAGCUAGUCUAUCUUUUUAUUAAAUCUAUAUUUAAUCUUCUUCAUUUAAAAUUUUGAUAAUGUCAUUCGUUUUAAAAUAAUAACUUUUAAAAACAUUUUUUGCAAAAAAUAUUGAAUUUGUGUGUAAUUUUGCUUGGAACAAACGUUAUGCUAUGUCAUUAUUCUAGUACUAAUUAAUUUAUUACAGCAUUUCUUGUC